GGAAAGUGGAAACCUAUGGAGCCAAUUGAUAACUCUUGUGAAUCUUCUUUUUGCAAAGAUGAAAAAGUGGAAGCCUUGGAUCUUCUUGAGGAGUGCUGGUUCUUUGAUAACUUGUUAAAUGUAAGACCAAGGAUGCCAAGGUGUUAUUCUGAUCCUUGCCCUUCCACAGGGCUAAUUAGCCCAGAUUUUUUGGGGAAGGACUCUGAUGUAUAUAGCAUCUACUCAUCAAGAAGUAAACCUUUUGUUCAUCCUAAGAUGAUUCAGCGAGCACCAACCAUGCCACCAUUUAGAGUGAGACAAGAAGAUGAUAAAACAGGAAGCAGUUUUACUAGAAGCAAAUUGGUGCACCAACCAUCAGAUGCUGUUGUGCUUCAGGAAGCUAGUAAACCUCAUUGUUCACAGAUGAAAGGACAUCAUAGAAGUGACUGUAAUAGAAGGAAAAGCAAACUGCUAAGAACACCAUCUUUACCUCCAUCCAUAGGGAGAGAGGAAGAGUUCCAAGUAACUGAUCCAAGAACUGGAAGAUCCCACAAACAACCAUCAACUCCUACCCAUAUUGACAUCCUGCCACCAAGGCAAACAUCUAAGAGUUGUAGCAUUCCAAGAUAUCGACCAGCUAGAAAUACUGAGGUUGAAAGCUUCAACAAAGAGGGUAUUGAGGAGGUGAGGCGCAGGUUCUUGAAUCAGAAAACAAUGAGGAGAAGCCUAAGUGAUCUUGAACUUGAAGAAGUUCAGGGGUUCAAGGAUUUGGGUUUCUCAUUUGAGAAAGAAGCCUUAUCCCCAAGUAUAGCUAACAUACUUCCUGGUUUGCAAGAGAAAAAUAGAGCUGAGACAGAAGAAGAUAAGGCAGCAAGGGGACCUUACUUAUCUGAGGCAUGGCUAGUGCAAAGUUGUGAUCCUCCUCCUAUUCCAAAUUGGGCUUCUAAGAAUUCUGCAGAUGACAUGAAAAAGCAAAUCAAGUUUUGGGCUAGAUCUGUGGCAUCAAAUGUCCACCAGGAAUGCUGAAAAAUGCCAUUGGUUAUCAGACCUUGAUUACACUCAAGUGUUGAACACAAGGAUCAUAAUGACACUUUACUGAUUAAUUCUUUGUAACAUUUGUCUAAAA